CAGCUUUUUACUCCACUCUGAGAUCAGUAAAGUCAAAUCAGCUCCAUGUUCCCGAUGAGCUCACUCUGCAGGGGUGUGCGUCUCCUCGCCCAGCACCAUGUGGCAGCUCUGGAGUGCUGCUCGGUGCCUUGUGCGCGUGCAUCCUCAUCCUCAUCCUCAUCCUCACUCCACGUGCCUCCUCCCGCCUGCAUGCUGCGUCCGCUCGAGGUGCCGUUCCGCUACCUGUUCGGACCCGGACCGUCCAACGUGUCGCCCCGUGUGCUGUCGGCCGGAGGGAGACCCAUCAUCGGUCACAUGCACCCGGAAAUGUACGAGAUUAUGAACGACAUCAAGGAUGGGAUCCGCUACGUAUUUCAGACCACCAACCUCAUGACGCUGGCGAUGAGCGGCUCGGGUCACAUGGCCAUGGAGUGCGCCGUGUUUAACGUGGUAGAACCGGGAGAGAGCGUGCUGGUGUCCGUUAACGGCGUGUGGGGAGAACGAGUGGCUGAAAUCGCACAGAGAAUGGGUGCUAAAGUUCACACUCUGGUUAAAGCCCCUGGAGGUUAUUUUACCAAUGAAGAAAUCGAGAAGGAGAUUUCCAAACACAAACCCGUGCUGUUCUUCCUCACACACGGAGAAUCCUCGGCCGGUCUCGUUCACCCUGUAGACGGCAUCGGAGACAUCUGCCACAAGUACAACUGCUUGUUCUUGGUGGAUUCAGUGGCGUCUCUGGGAGCUUCACCUCUUUUCAUGGAUAAACAGAAGAUCGAUAUUCUGUACACGGGCUCACAGAAAGCCUUAAACGCUCCUCCAGGAACGGCCCCCAUUUCAUUCAACGAAAGAGCAUGUCAGAAGAUGUUCAACAGGAAGACGAAGCCCUUGUCCUACCUCCUGGACAUGACUCACCUGUCCAACUACUGGGGUAACGACGGGAAACCUGCCCGCAUGUAUCAUCACACCGGCCCCGUGUCCGGAUUCUUCACCCUGAGAGAGAGUCUCGCCAUCCUCACAGAGAAGGGCCUGGAGAACUCAUGGAGGCACCACAGAGAGGUUGCAGAGUAUCUGUGGAAAGGGUUAGAAGAUCUUGGCCUUAAGCUCUUCAUCAAGGACAAGGAUCUGAGGCUGCCGUCAGUCACCACCAUCGCCAUCCCUGAAGGAUACGACUGGAAGGAGCUUCUAAUGUACAUGAUGAAACACCACCAGAUGGAGAUGACGGGAGGCCUGGGGCCAUCCAUUGGCUUGGUGAUGCGAGUGGGGCUGAUGGGCUACAACUGCAGCACCAUUAACGCUGAUAAAGUUCUGGCAGCUCUGGCAGACACCCUGAAACACUGCAAAAAACACAAGGCCUAAAGACAGAAACAGCAUCAGACACUUCGCUGGACUACAGAGUGAUUGUAUAGACAAUAACCACAGCACAGAAGACUUCAGAUCUAAAGUGUACCGGUGUGAUUGAGUUCUCUAGCAGGGACAGUGUGUAAAUGUUCUCAGAGACCUGUUACAAUGAUGUGGAAAUGUACAGUAAACUAAAAACAUUCUUCUCUUUUA